UUGGGGCAUCCCUCUUCAGUGGGCAGAAUCUGGUCGCCGGCUCAGCUGCGUUGCCACAGCAACAGCAGCCUCCUCCUGCAGCACCUGCUGUCCCCCACUUCCUUUCAUGCCUCUGCCGACCAGCCCCCCGUAGUCACCCUCUCUCCCUCCUCUCCCUCCCCCUCUCCCUCCCUCUGUGCCUCAGACGGCCCUCUGUCAGCCCCUGUUUACCAGCGAGGAAACCCCUUCCUCUGGAGAAAUCCAUCAGUAGGCAACGAGGUGGAGCUGUUGCCCCCCCCCAGCAGAGACCUGUUGGUCCGCUCGGACUCCCGUCUGUGUCGGGGGGGGCGUGCAGGGACGCUGGCAGUGGCUGUGGCCGGCGUCGGGGUGAGGCUGUCGUCAGAGUUAGAGGGAGAGGAGAGCGCCGGGGAGGGAGGGGCUGAGCCGAGCAGAGAGACGGCGCAGCAGCAGCCCUCCUCCUGCCGGCCGCGGCUGCUGUGA